AUGCUAGAUUUUGCACCCAAUGAAAUGAUUUCUUCGUACAAUAUUUUGGAUAUAUGUAAAGUUUCAUCACAUUUAUUCUGCAUUUUCAUUUCCUUAACAGUCGGUUCAUUCAAUGUUAUGGCACAGAACUACUGGAAAUAUUUUGCGAUCUCAAAUAUUAAUUUCUAUGGCAAUUUAACAACAAGAACGUACAGCAAAUUGCAUAAAUUGCCAAAGAAAUACGAACUAAUAAUCAGUGGGUUAAUAUGUGUCACAAAAGAAAUCGCAUUUUUGGUACCAUCAUGUCAAAAUGCGAGAAAACGCAACGAGCAUUGCGAAACCGAUUUAUUGCAUCAAUUAGAAGAGAGAGCUUUACUUCUAAUAGAAACAGAAAUUGGUAGGGGUGACGAUGAAAAGUAG